AAAUCAUACAAAAUUUGAAAGUACGCAGGAGGACUUGUAAGCCGACGAAAUCAUGGGCUGUUGCAAGAAAUUCUCCCUUAAUCCAACUUAUAUUGAAAAUCUGUGCUAUAUUCUGAUAAAUUUAAUGAAUUGCUAAAUAUCUUAAAAUGGGAUAUAAUUAUUUGAUUCCAGCGAAAUCGAUUUCAGGGGAGCUGUGAUUCUUGAAGUUUACUACAAGAACUUCAACAAUCAGUAGGAAUUCAAUCACAGUGUUCAUCAAUGGCGGAAAGAAUUGAAUCCUCAGUUCAGAAUCUAUGGCAAGAAGUGAGAGAGCUAAGCCUGGGCACCCCACCCCACAUAGACCACCUCCCCACCCCACCCACCCCACUCCAAUUCCUCCGCCACUACGUUACCCCGAACAAGCCCUGCCUCAUCUCCGCCGCCGUCCCCCACUGGCCUGCUCUUUCCUUAUGGCGCUCCGCCGCCUAUCUCCGUACCACCCUCUCCACUACUUCCGUUUCCCUCCACCUCACUCCCACCGGAAAAGCCGACUCUCUCGCUCCUCACCCCACUUCCCCCUCCGCUCUCUGCUUCGCCUCAGCACAUGUCCAAAAGCUCCCUUUUCCUGAAGCGUUGGACUCGGUUCUGGCGUCGGGUGAAGAGAAAACCGUGGCGUAUUUGCAGCAGCAGAAUGACUGCUUCCGUAGCGAAUAUGGGGCGCUGGCGGGGGACUGCGAGGAGCAUAUUCCGUGGGCGACCGAGGCGCUGGGGUGCUCGCCGGAGGCUGUGAAUCUGUGGGUCGGGAACCAUUUCUCGGAGACUUCGUUUCACAAGGAUCAAUAUGAGAAUCUUUAUGUUGUGAUUACUGGGGAGAAGCGUUUUCUGCUGCUUCCCCCCACCGAUGUUCAUAGAAUGUACAUCCGUGAAUAUCCCGCUGCUCAGUAUUGCUAUGACCAGGAUAGUGGAGAGUUUACACUGGAGCUAGAGGAUCCAGUUGCAUAUGUACCGUGGUGCAGUGUGGAUCCGUACCCUUUGCCUGAGGAGAAACAGAGAGAAGUGGAGAAGUUUCCCUUGUAUUUCAAUGGACCAAAGCCGUUUGAAGUUACAGUUAAGGCCGGGGAGAUGCUUUAUUUGCCUAGCAUGUGGUUUCAUCAUGUUCUACAAAGCCCAGAUGAAACGGGACUCACUAUCGCGAUAAACUACUGGUAUGAUAUGCAGUUCGAUAUUAAGUAUGCGUACUUCAACUUCCUGCAAUCUAUACCUCAUUCAUUAUCCAGUGAUCUGGGAUGGUGUGAAACGAGAAAUGUGGAAUCAAGUCGCAAUAGAUCUUUUUACAAUUCAGGAGAUGAAUCAGAUAUUAUUGUAUCUCAGGCUGUUGGAGACACCAGGGACAAUGAAGAGCAACCAGAAAACAUGUCUCAGGAUUAGGAUUUGCCACGACAUUUCUCAGGCUAUUACACACUUGUCAUUUUCUUACUUUGGGUUUGGAUAAACCCAAUUCAGGCCAAAGUUUCUCGGAGGACUAAAUAUGAAUUUUGACUAGACCGUUGUUGUGGCUGCUGUGACGAGCAGCGGCAAGAUUUUCAGAAUACAUAACAUAUUCAAGAGCAUAUUCCCUAUUUUGAUGAUUUACUGAGGCUGUCUCCCUGCUAGUUGGUCGACAAAGCAGACGUUAGCCCAGUGACACGACCACUACUAAUAAAGACAGUAGAAGAGCAUUUUUCAUAGGAGCAGCAACAAGUGGUCGAUGUCAUUGGGACGCAACAGUAUGCAUCGGCUCUCGAUUCCUUUUACAGACAGUAUUGAGCUGUUGUAGGUCCUCUUUCUGGAUACUGAGAAAUCUUUGUAGUGCUUUUUUAAGUGAAAAAAUAGAUUAGAUUUUAGUUGCAGUUGCGCUCAAACUGAUAUUUCGCCAGCGUUCUUCGUUGCUAUGGUUAUCUACCUAUUCGGUAUAUAAAUAGAUGUUGCAUUCGGUACUUUGUGCGAUGGUUAUCUAACUCUUUGGCAUAUACUAAACAUCAAGGCAGGCAAGACAUAUGUUAGGGUCUGUUCAAUUUGUC